AUGGCAGAUCAUUUGUUCUUUCGCAAUGUUCCAGCCAUCCAAUUCCCGUUCAUUGAAUGUGAUUUACACCAGCUGAACAAGCUCUCACUUUAUGUAGACACCUUAUCGGAACUUUUGGACCAGGCAAAACGAGGCGUCGCCUCCCUGAAUCUUCUCCAAGCUAGGGUCCACAACAAUCAAGUCGUGAGAUGCACUCCACAAUCCGUAAAGGUGACGGCCGCAGCUCGCUAUGCACCCAGUCCCGGCGGGCUCGAUUUAGGCAAUAUCGCAAUCAAUUCUUUUGUCGGAUUAGUGACCUUUCUUCCACUACCGGAUAUCAAAACCCUCGCAAACAAUACUGCUGCUCUUCGCAAAUCCGAUCUCCUUUUUGAGAGGAAAGAGGUGAAUGCCAGGUGGGGAACAUACUACACUCAUCUCACCGCAUGCAACUCGGAGUGGGCCCAACGCUUCUUCCAGGACAUCCAAGAAAACCUCAAAGCUGUAGACUCGGGGGCAAAUUCGCCUACUAGAGAACAACCAGCGGCGCCAAACUUCCACCAUCAAAUAAAUGUACAUUAUUCCAACCCGCUCGCCAAUCUAAGCACCUCACAGUCAAUCACAAAGAUUUCACAAAAUCUCUCACCUAGCUCCCCCCAAGCAAGUUGCCCUCCAAUAUUACCACCCAAACAGAACGAAUCAAGCUAUCCCACUGAUGAUCAAAUAUCCAAUGAUAUCCAGCUGUAUCUACGCGCCCUGAAAGCAAAGGAGAAAGCCUGGGGGCCAGAAAAUAUCACUACAUUGGAGACUAUCAAUGAUCUUGGUAAGCUUUAUGCUAAGCAAGGAAAAGUUGUGGAGGCGGAGGAGAUGUAUGUGCGUGCAUUGUCUGGCUUCGAGAAGGUUUUGGGAACAAGUCACGACAGAACCCUGAAAGUCUCUGUCGAUCUCCAGGAACUGCGCUCCUUGGUAGCUGGUCAGGAAACGAGGGUUAUACAAUAA